CUUGAAGUUGAAGCUGGUGGACAGACUGCUAUCUCUGAGGCUGAAAUUGAGGUAAGCUUCUUUGGCCCAUCUUGGUUGGAUUUUUCCAUACUUAGAUUUUUUACAAAAAAAAUUGCUUGGCGAAUCCAGAUGGAGAUUAUUGGUGCCAACCUUUCCACCACCCCAGAUGCCAUUGUGGCCGAGACUCAACAAAACAUUCAGCCAUCAGGAAGUCGUGAGGUUGAUCACGGAGUCAUUGAUGACACUUCCCAUACUCCAGAUCAUCAGGUGGUUUCUCUCAGUCUUGAGACCACCUUGGUUGACUCAACGACAAUUAGAGAUGAAGUUCAGAUUUUACCAGAUCAUACCUCAGAUUUCCUAGACCCAACCGGCCAUUCCACAGAUGACCAGGUUUUUCAGGUAAUUCCACAUGCUUCAAUAUUUUUACAUGUUCCAAACCUCUUUCAAAAAUUUCCAUUUUCUCAUUCUGGUGAAUAUUGUGGAUCACCAGACCACUUCGGCCGAUCAGACGGCCAAUGCUAGUGGUGAAUUCCAGGCCAUCCCGGUCAUAUUGAGUAAUGGGCCUGUAUCGAGGAUCCCACAGCCGUCAUCAGAUGUGCUCAUGCCUAUUUUGACAGAUCAACAACACGAGGUUGGAGAACCUAUUAUGCCCGAUCCCCCUCUCGUACCCACGGCUGGAACCUUGGUUGAGGGUGGCGGUGAGCGACCACCAUCGACGGACCAAGAUGACCUCAUUCAGUCGCUUUUGGACCAUGCCCCUGGCGACAUCUUUGCCUAUCUCGAUCAAUGGGAUGCUUCUGCCACUUCUGCGGAGGCUUCCACCCGUUCUGCCACUUCUUCGGCUAUUGCUGGGGUGUUUCCAGAUCCUGCAGCUGAGGCACUACUUCGUUCAUACAGAGAUCGAGAUUGUAUAUCCUUGGCCGACCAGGAUGAGAGAAAUAAGGUCAAAGCCGCUAUUGAGGCAUUGAUAACCUCCGGUUUUUUUUCUGACCAGACUACGAUACGCACGAUCAUGCAUCUCUUUGGAGAAGUGGCAAGACUGAUUCCCCGCCAUCCUUCCCUUCGAGAGGAACUAAAGGUAGGUGAAGCCUUGGAACGACGGAUUGCUUCGACGAGUGCCAUUAUUAGGCAGAAGGUCGAGCUUGGCCGUAAGAAGAAGCAAGAGGUUAGGAGUAUUGAUGAGUAGAUUAGGCAGCUUCAGGACAGGAGGGCUGCCAUUCUUGCCGAGGUUUCUGAGGAUAUACGGAGCUAUGGACCUCUUGAGGCUCAACUUCGCCAAGACUCAGCUGCAGUGAAGUCAUUUGAGGCGAGGAAGCUACCCAUCAUCUCUGCCUUAUCCGCUGGAGAGAGUGCAUGUGAGAGAUUUAGGACUGCUCUUCGUAGCCUGUUUCCCGAUGUUUAGAUAUGUGUUAGGCCAUUAGUUGGCCCCUUUUGUUUUUAGCUAGACUUACAUUUUGCUGUUGUUAUAUAUGAUAGAGGUAGCUUUUGUUCAGUUUGGCAGAUGUUUUGGCCAUUAUUUGGCCUAUUUUGUGGAGCCUAACUGACAUAUCUAAAUAUACGAUGUUGUUCGGGUUA